UUUUAUUAUAAUAUUAUAACAUGGUCUGGAGAGACAACGAAGUUAUCUUCACACGAAGAACCGAGAGACAGAGAGCCAAUGGAAGCAUCUAUAGAAACCACGUCUAUAAAUCAAUUGGAGGACUUCCAACAUGCUUCUUGAGCUUUGCUACAGCAGCUGCUGGAGCCUGGUAUCAUCACAAAAUCUGGACUUGUAGCCACUUCGGACUCCCAACCUGGGGAAGAAUGGCCAUCCUCAUGGUUGUAGGAGCCCAAUUCGGACAAUUCUUCGGCACUUUUGCUUGGGGAAAUCCUUCGGAAUAUUGGAACCUUAAGAUGAACGGAAGCCUUUAUAAAAAGGAAAUGAACGAAUACAAGAAAGCAUAUUAUGGAUAAACUU